AUGUCCCUCUGGCGCCCCGACGACACGACGCGCGCGACCGCCGCGCUGCCGGGUACGGCAGAUGGCGUCUGGCGCAGCGAUAUCCUCGACGCGAUCGAGGAGACCAUCGCGGGGAUGGAUGAGGAGCUGAGGGCGUUGAGCUUGGAUAUUCAUGAUCAUCCUGAGCUCAUGUUCGAGGAGCACCGCACCCACGACGUCCUCACCGCCUUCUUCGAAAAGAAGGGCUUCACCGUCACCCGCCACCACAUCCUUGAGACCGGCUGGCAAGCAGUCUGGGAGCACGGCGAGGGCGGAAGGACGAUUGGGGUAAAUUGUGAGAUGGACGCCCUCCGCGGCAUCGGGCACGCUUGCGGACACAACCUCAUCGCCAUCGCCGGCGUAGCGGUGGCCUGCGCUGUCAAAGCGGCCCUUCAGCAGUUCGAUAUCAAGGGAAAGGUCGUGGUUCUGGGGACGCCGGCCGAAGAAGGUGGAGGCGGCAAGGUCAUCAUGCUCAAGCACGGCGCGUACAAGGGCAUGUCCGCCUGUCUUAUGUGCCACCCUGCCCCAGGCCCCAAGGGAUCCGUCAGCCUCACGAGCUGCUUGGCUAUCCAGCAUGUAGAGGUCGAGUAUUUCGGGCACACUGCCCAUGCUGCUCUCUCCCCCUGGGAGGGCCGGAACGCGCUCGACGCGGCCGUUCUCGCGUACAACAAUAUUUCCGCCCUCCGACAGCAACUCAAGCCCACCUACCGCGUACACGGCGUGUUCGAGGGCAGGGAUUGGGCGGUGAAUGUCAUCCCCAGCUAUGCGAAGUACACCGUCGCCAUGCGCACGCCGACCCUCGCCGAGCUGCAGCCGUUGGUGGACCGGGUAAUUCCGUGCUUGAAAGCCGCCGCCAUGGCCGCGGGCGUCCAGUACAAGAUCAACACGCUCGGCGCAACGUUCGAUCUGAGGCAGAAUACGGCGUUGGGAGCGGACGUCGCUGACACCGUCCGCCGCCGGUACGGGGCUAUCGACUACGAGUAUGGAAUCAAGAGCGCGAGCACGGAUUUUGGCAACGUUACCUAUGCCCUCCCUGCGUUGCAUCCUGGGUUCGCGAUCCCCACCAACCCCGGCGGCGGGAAUCACACGCCCGAGUUCACCGCUGCGGCCGCGACUCCCGAGGCGCACGCCGCGUGCCUGGACGUGUCGAAGGCGCUCGCGCUUACAGGCGUGAGGGUCGUGGCGGACGAGGUGUUUGAGAGGAAGGUGAGUUGGAAUGGAGGUCGAGAUGUUGUUCUCGCAUACGCUGCUUCUCAGCGCGAGGACGCUGCGGGAUGA